GACUCGGUAUCAGCUACUCGUGGAAACAUUUACCGGCCAGCUUUCACCGCCUGAAGAGUCACCGAACAAACUCGGAUCAUUUAUGACAUCGAAGCCGAAACUCCACAGCAAAGUUCCCCGACCUCCAGGAGCUCCGGGUUUAUCCCCCCUGUCUCCCCCCGGGGCGCUGCGGACGUGCGGCCUGGCAGGCGGUGAUGGCGGCCGGUCGGAGCGGAGCUUCCUCAUUCCACUGAGCCAUGAAACACAGAUAACCCGGGAUGCCGGCGGCGCUGAGCAGCCUGAAGACAUGUCAGCAGGCCCAGGACCAGCUGGAGGACGCCAUCAGCUGCGUGAUGAAGGCGGAGCAGCAGCUCAGAGACAACGGCAGAGAGGUGCGUCUGGAGCUGCAGAGCUGUGUGAGCCGCCAGCAGGAGGCGCUGCGCUGCAGGGAGGUUUGGCUGCUGGGUCAGAUCGAGCUGCUGGAGCAGGUCAACACUGAAACUCUGCAGCAGCAACUGCACCAUCUGUACCAGCUCAGAGGUCAGUUUGAUGUGAUCGCUCAUCAGCUGCAGAAUUCCAACAGCAGCAACGACCUGAACAACCAGCUGACCAGCUGCAUGGAGAAGUUGUCCUCUCUCAGCCUCACACUGGAGGAAACACCUGAGAUGCGUUUCCAUGCUGAUGCCCGCUCUCUGCGACAGGCCAUCACCUCUUUUGGGAGCAUCACAUCUCAGCUGGAGGGCGUGUCCUUUCAGAGCCCCACCCACCACAGAGCCCAGGUGCAGACCUGUCCAAUCACAGCCCAGAAGCAGAAGAUGGAGGGUGGAGCUCUGGGCGACUGGCUGCUGGGGCCCUGCCCUGUAAACAGCUGCGCUCCUAUUGGCUACCAGUUCAGCAAGAACCCGGAGGAUUGGCUGCUGCAGCAGGAGAUCAAGACUUCCUGCCCCGCCCUCCUGUCAGUGGACUUCCUGUCGGCGUGGGGGCAGCUGAGGGACCUGGAGGCGUGGCUUCUGCAGGAGACGCCAGCCAUCCGAGGGCGGACCAACAGCACCUGCAGCUCCACCUUCUCCAUCGAGAAGAUCGACGAAUCAGACUUCACCACCUCUGAGGAGGAGGACGGGGAGCUGAGCAACUGGCUCAUCACCCCGCCCGCCACUGCCAUGGAGACUGUGUCCGACGCCGAGCGCUGGCGCCGGGUGCUGAAGCCAUUUGAGGACGGGUGGUCGUCCAGCGAGUGGCUGUCGGAGGGCAGCCGGCCAGACUGCACCUCCUGCUGCCAGACCAGCCGUGCCCUGGAGAUCGAGAACCUCGGCCAGCUGAAGUGCCUCAAGACCCCGCCCGCCUGCCCAGAGCCCGCCUCCCCAGCGCCGACCCUGGAGGCGUGGCUGCAGCAGGCGGCGCCACUGCAGCAGACCUGCAGGGCCAACAAGACGUGCUCCGCCUACUCCAAGUGUGUCUGCGACGAGAACUGUGGCAGGGAGGCGCUGAGCCGCUGGCUGCUGCAGCAGGAUGGUCGCGACAAGAACGGCGUCCCUGUGGCCAAGAACGCCCCGCCCACCGCCAAGAACGCCCCGCCCAUAGCCAAGAACGCCCAGUCCAGCCCAUUCCACAGAGAGCAGGAGCAGAAGGUACAGGCCAUCCUGGAGGCAUGGCUUCACCCCACCUCCACCUGCAGGGCUCCUCUCAGCUCCUCUCUCUCCGGCUGGGUGUCGGCUGAGGAGGACGCCGUCAGGAGGCCUUCGUCCUCCUUGUCCUCCUCGUCCUCCAUGUUCCAGCGGCCCCUGGAUCCAGACCUCUGGGUUCUCCCGGUGAAAAACCUGGUACCUGCCGUGGAGGAGGAGGAGAAAUGGCUGCUGAGGAAGAGGAGUCAGGCUCAGGAGCGACUGGUGCUGCCCACAGUGUGUGACCUGUUCUCCUGCAUGAAGGUGGGCGGAGACAAAGACAAAUGGCUGCAUAGAGCUCCUGUCCAGAUGUGAUGGAGAGGAUGGACGCUGAGUCACUUUACCGCUGAUAACACACACACACAACACACACACACACACACACACACACACACACACACACACACACACACACACGCACAGAGAUUGUGACAUCAACGCCGCCGUCAUCCUGUGACAUCAGCAGGACAGCUCCAGGUGUUUUGAGUGUCUCUGUGAUGAAGACGGUGAUGGAUGCUGAAAGCUCUGGAUCUCUGAGUGUUUCCACUAAAACUAAUCAAUAAUCAAUAAUCCAAUCAAUAGUCAAUAUCUGCUGGAAACAUGAAGUUUCUUCUGUAGGGGGAAAGACUGAUGUCGGAGGUUUCAUUGUCUGAGGCCGGAGUGAUGGACAUGUGGGUGGAGUCUGAGUGCAGGGGUCGGGGCUACAUAGCAUGCUUUAUAUGGGUGGUUCUAUAUAAGUGGGCGGGGCCACAUUUAUCAGAUAUUAGCCUUUAUUUUAACGAUGUGAUUUUAUGAGCAAAUCUUUGUUUUUCUCUUUCUGUUACGAAGUUUGUCUUCCACAGCCGAUACGUGUUUUCAGUGCAGUCCUGAAGGAACUUCAUUUCCCAGAAGGCCUUGUGUGUAGGCAGCCUGCAGACCGGUCACAUGACACUGUGGUCUGCAGUGAUUGGUGCUUUUUAUUGAAGCUCUGCAGGGGAGGAGGAGGGGCUUUAUUAUGUAGAGCUGUGAUGUCAUCAUUUUCCUGCUGUGAUUCUCUACAGUAAUAAAACAUGCUAAGAUCA